AAUGUAACCCCUCCGUCAAUUCAUUUGUAGCAUAAGCAGCUUUGUGGCUGGCUGUGUUGUGUGGGAUAUAUUGUGUGUUAGAAACAUGAACAUUUUCAUAACCGGAUUCAGUGUUGUGUUAUUUUCUCUCAUCAUCAGCUCAUCUCGUCAGUUCAUUAUCAAGAAUAUGUGUUAAAAAUUCAUCGCUUUUUCCUAGUUAUUUCUUAUUAAAUCGGGAAGCAUGGCUUCGGAGAUGUAUUUAUCUGUGAAUCUCAAUAGAUUUUUAUGUGUGUCAAUUAUUUAUUUAUUUACUUAUUUGAGAUUCACGACUGCUUCUACUGUACUUAGUACUGUAUCCGCCACAUCUAAAGAAUUAGCUUGUACAAAUGUAAAAUACGCAUAUUCAUUGCGAGGGUUUAAUAACCUGGAAGUCCCUAUCCAAGCAAUAUCUGGGGAUCAUCUGAGGAUAUGUGAUAGAGGUCUCACAUGUUGCACAACUGACAUGGAGCACAAACUAAGCACACACAGCAGGGCGGAAUUUGACCGUCUUCUGCGGGACACCAUUGGUCAAACUCGCACUAUAUUUGCUGCUCAAGCACAGAGGUUCGAUGAAUAUUUUAAAGAAUUGCUAAAAACUUCUAAAAAGGACUUUCAUGAGAUGUUUCUUCGAACAUAUGGCAUGCUGUACGAUAGGAACUCCUACAUCUUCAGGGAAAUGUUCGAUGACCUGGAAAAAUACUAUCAAACAGGAGGGGUCGAUUUGACAGCAGCAUUGGAAAAUUUCUUUGAUCGUCUCUAUAGGAAAAUGUUCCAGGUGCUUAACAGUCAGUACACGUUCAAUGAUAUCUACAUGACUUGCAUAAGUCAACAAAUGGAACAGCUCAAACCCUUCGGAGAUGUUCCUAAGAAAUUAAACGUGGAAGUCAAAAGAUCCUUCGUAGCCACGCGGACAUUUGUUCAGGCUUUGGUCAUUGGAAGAGAUGUUGUGAAAUUCAUACAGGAAGUAGGUCCAACCCCGGAAUGCAGCCGCGCCCUCAUGAAGAUGACAUACUGCCCUCACUGUAGUGGUUUGCCUGAUGUGAGGCCCUGCUCCCACUACUGCCUUAAUGUCAUGAGGGGUUGCCUAGCAUAUCACGCAGAAAUACACCAGGAAUGGAAUAAUUAUAUAAAUGCCAUGAUGAUGCUAGCCUCGAGGUUAGAAAGUUCCUUCAAUAUUGAAUCAGUAGUAGAUCCAAUUGAUAUUAAAAUAUCCGACGCCAUCAUGAACUUUCAAGAGAAUGGACAAGCUGUUUCUCAAGAGCUUUUCAAACAUUGUGGAAAACCUCGAUUGGGUAAACGUGAUGCCCGCCAUGAACUGAAUUUUGAGACUUUGAAAUUCGGUCACCGAGAGAACGCUGUCCGUCCAACUACAGCUGCUGGGACGAGCAUCGAUCGGCUUGUUCAAAGUAUUAAGAAGAAAAUUAAGAAGACAAAAAAUUUCUGGCUUCAACUUUCUGGCUUCAUGUGCAAUAAUCCUCAAGUUGCUGGUGAUAAAAAAGUCUUGCCCCAAGAAGAAUGUUGGAAUGGUCUUAACAAAGCCAAGUAUGACGGGGAUUUAAUUGGAGAAGGACUAAUCAACCAAACUAAGAAUCCUGAAGUAAAUUUUGAUGUUUCGCGCCAAAAUUCAGUCAUCAACCAACAGAUUUUAACUCUAAAACUCAUCACUACUAAGCUCACCCAUGCCUACAAUGGACUCGACGUAGAAUGGCAAGAUUCUGAUUCUGAAUGGUCAUCAAGCGGUAGUGGAAGUGGUAGUGGUUUUGGAGAAGAAGAACAGACUGAUAGUUUUGAAGAUAUUUACUUCUCAACGCCAUCAUCACCAACUAGAAUACCUAAACAACCACCAACUCCUCCUGAAGUGUCAUCAGCGAAUACUAGAUGGCACCACCUAACAUUCCUGACUCUAUGUGGAUACGUUCUAUGGAGCUUCGUGAUAGUGAGAUUUUUUAAUUAACAUGAAUGUACGAGCAUGGUUAGUCUGCUUUUGGUCGACGUCUAAGUGCUUCCUAAAUGACACGUUAAUGAGCUAGUUAUAUAAAAAAAAAUCCACUGCCUUCAAAGCGAAAAGACAGUUUUAAGAAUUUUCGUUCCGCAGAAGUUUUGUAUAAUUUCGAAUAUCAUCAGUGUACAAAUGAAUUGUAGAUAUUUCUUUGAGAGAUGAUGAAAUGAUGGACUAUUAUCUGUUUUUAUCAUAAAUUUUGUGAGAUCUUUAACUUUUUUGUAAUUGCUCAUUUGUGAUAUUUCAUUCAAACUAUACGAUUUUUCAAACAUUAUUUUGUAUGAAAGUUUUCAUUUGCCUAAAAAAAAAAUUUUUUUUUGAAAGAAAUUUUGUGUCAGAUAGACUAUCAGGACAAUGAUAUUAUUUUUUUAUUAGAAUCUCUUGUACUCUGAAACUAGAUUUGUGAGAGUCUCUAAAGCUAGAGCUGAUAGUCAUUACUCUAGAGAAACCAAUCUUCGGAGUCAUUGUGUUAUAACUCUCAUUCUUGAAACAGGUGCUUAUGAAUGUAAAAAAUGUAUAUUUGAAUAUAAAUUAAGAUAUUAAACUGUUUAAUGUACA